AUGAUGACUAAUGCCACUAGUUCUCGACAGGGACAAAUUUUUGAUGAUUGUUCACAUCCUGAUAUUAACUUAUACUUUGCGUCACAAGAUGAUGUAGAAAACUUAUGCAAGGUAAUUGAUUGGGCAUAUAGGGGUAAACCUUCAACAUCGUCACCUGGAGAAAGAUACUCUGGUUGGAUCAGUGAACAAGAUUUAUUGGUAGGUGCACGAAUUACAUCCGAAGAACUUCAGGACUUAAUUAAUGAUGAGCAACAUAGUGUCCUUCUUGUCGCGAAGCUUAAGACAGCUUCAGAACCAAAGAUCAUUGGUUGUUGCAAAAUUAGUAUGCAUGACAAAAAUCUACAGAUUGGUGACGAAGAAAAACAGGAUGUAGCUGUUGAAUUAGGUCUCAGCGCUGUAGAUCCUGAUUAUCAGAGUCGUGGUAUUGGUACACUAUUAUACAAUGGAGCAAAACGAGUUGCAAAAGAGUAUUUCAAUGCACAACGGAUUUAUUCUUACAUAAUAUACAGCAAACGGAAUCAAAUUGAAUGGCGUUUACGACAGGGUUUUAUUGAUACUGGACGAUUCGCUACUUUUCCAUUUGGAGAAAGAUUCCAAGCAAAAGUAGAUCCGAAUGAAAUUAAAUUUUCUGUUUUAACACAACGCUUACAAUAG